GACCAAUGAACCCGAUUUCCGCUCCAGUAUUGGGCUGCGCUUGGCUCUGUAACAGUGUAAUGACUAAUGGGUGUAGAUCAACUUGCCGACACACACACACACCCUAAGAUCUCCUAUUCCUCUUCUCAUCAUUUCCAGAAAAAGACGUCCGUGUCACGCCACCAACGUACGACGCCGCUCCCCGAAUCGCCAGAGCCUGCCUUCCCUUCGGAUCCAACGACGGUAGAAGAUAGGGAAAGCCAGGAAACGCGCCCUGGGCCGAUAGCCGGUAACCUGCCAAUACUCUGUCUUCGCGCCCAGAAAAAGGAGGUAGAAGAGAAAUCGUAUUGGUCGAGAGAAAAGGAAAGAAAAGAAAAGAAACGAAAAUGUCAGGCGAAGGCCCCGAAAGCAUCCCUACAUCCGCGGACCCGCGCUCGAAGCGGCCGACGAAAAAGCGCGCGCUAACGCCCGUGUCGGCGCAAGCGCACGUCGUCGAAGCGCUGUUCUCCAAACCGGAGCAGGAGAUCCGGAUCCCGGACGCGUCGUCCUCGGGGAUGCGAAAGCGCGAGCUGCCGCCGCCGCCGGAGAUCGUGACGAACGUGCAGGGGUCGAGCGCGGGCGCGGGCUCGGGCGAGUUCCACGUCUAUAAGGCGAGCCGGCGGCGCGAGUAUGAGCGGCUGCGGCGCAUGGACGAGGAGGUGGCGCAGGAGCGCGCGAGGCUGGAGUUCGAGCGCAAGCGGGAGGAGAGGGAGCGGCGCGACGACGAGAAGACGAGGAGGAACAGGGAGAAGAGGGAGAAGGCCAAGGCGAGGAAGGCCAAGGCUAAGAAUAAUAAUACUGGAGGAGGGGAGGGAGGUGCAGGAGGAGAAGGAGAAGGAGGAGAAGGGAAUGAUGAUGGCAGUACGGGAAAAUCGGAUACUAAUAAACCUGCAGCUGCGAGUGCUACUGCGCCGCCGCCGCCGCCAAAAGGUGUUAAGGCUAGGGCCGACGUGAAGAAAGAUGAUAAUGCUGAAGAUGCGGAGAAGAAGGUGGAUGGCGAAACGCCCGCGAAAGAAAACGGUGAUGUGCCGGUGGAAGAGCCAAAGGGGAUAGUUAUCGAGGAGGAUUAAGGGGGGAUUAAAGAGACCGAUUGGAAUUAAUACGUAUAGAUACCCAACACCAAUCAAAAUAAUUUCAAGUGAGAAAGGAGGCAAAAAAGUACGGGGCCACGCUUAGGGGGGAGGAGAUAGGGUCUACGUCGCUUUGGAAACUGGUACUAGAGACCUACGCAUGCUUAAAGUAUAAUUGUAUUCUAGCAUUGUACCAUCGAUUGUAACGGUUUAAACGUGUUACAGGGAGAGAGGAGAAGAAAAAAGUAAUAUAG